AUGGAGCGGUACGGUCGCGCCGGUGAUGAAGGGUCGCGAUCGGAUCCAUCGCUUGAGUGGACCUCUCAUGGAGGCGAAACCGGAGUCGAAGCUCCGAUGUGGCGGUUAGGGUUGAGCGGCGGCGGAGCUGGAGGAGUAGGCGGAGAAUCGUACCCGGAGCGACCCGAUGAGCCCGAUUGUAUCUAUUACUUGCGAACCGGCGUUUGCGGGUACGGGUCGAGGUGUCGGUUUAAUCACCCACGAGAUCGUGGAGCGGUUAUUGGAGGUGUGAGAGGAGGAGAUGGAGCUUUACCGGAGAGGAUGGGACAUCCGGUUUGUCAGCAUUUUAUGCGAACGGGAACGUGUAAAUUCGGCGCGUCUUGCAAGUACCACCAUCCUAGGCAGCAAGGAGGUGGUUCCGUUGCGCCUGUCUCGCUGAGUUAUUUGGGAUAUCCAUUACGCCCGGGAGAGAAAGAGUGCUCUUAUUACAUGAGAACUGGUCAGUGCAAAUUUGGUUUGACCUGUAGAUUCAACCAUCCCGUGCCACUCGCUGUACAGGGACCACCUCAGCAGCAGCAGCAACAGCAGCCACAGCCGCAGCCGCAGCUACAGACUAUCUAUCCAACACUUCAAUCCCAAGCCGUGCCUUCGUCUCAACAAUAUGGUUUAGUUUUAGCAAGGCCUUCUCUGCUACCUGGUUCAUAUCUUCCAAGCCAUUAUGGUCCUCCAAUGGUUCUGCCUCCCGGAAUGGUUCCAUACCCUGGUUGGAAUCCUUACCAGGCUUCUCUGAGUGCAAUGCCUUCGCCUGGAACUCAACCGUCUAUUGGAUCGAGCUCUGUUUAUGGAAUGGCGCCGUUAUCUCCUUCAGGUGGUGCUUACACCGGAACAUACCAGUCUGGGCCUUCCUCGAAUACUCCAAAAGAACAAUCUUUUCCUCAGCGACCUGAUCAACCCGAGUGCCAAUACUUUAUGAGAACUGGAGACUGUAAAUUCGGAUCCUUGUGCAGAUACCAUCAUCCUCUGGAUGCAGUUCAACCUAAACCCGGUCUUCUCCUCAGCUCCAUUGGCCUUCCACUUCGUCCCGGCGUAGCGCAAUGCACUCACUUUGCGCAGCACGGAAUCUGCAAGUUUGGACCGGCGUGCAAGUUUGAUCACUCAAUGGGUUCAUCACUUAGCUACAGCCCGUCCGCUUCUUCGCUGACCGAUAUGCCCGUGGCUCCAUACCCAAUCGGAUCAUCCUCACUCAGCGGCGCAUCAGCUCCAAUAAGCUCGAGCAAUGAACCCACCACAGAGGCUGUGACUGCUGCAGUUUCUUCUCCUAUGGUCAGUGGCUUGAGCCGUCAAGAGCCAGCUGAGACCAGUGGUGACUCAGCUAGCGUCAGUGGAAGCAUAGAGGCUAAGACUUCUCCAAGUUAA